AUGUCGGACAUUGAUAUCGAAUAUGCGCUCGAGCAGCUUACUCUGAACGAAAAGGUCUCCCUUCUCUCAGGAGUCGAUGGCUGGCACACAGCAGCAAUCCCGCGACUGGGAAUCCCUCAGAUUCGAAUGUCAGACGGACCAAACGGUGUUCGAGGGACUCGCUUUUUCAACGGGGUCCCUGCAGCUUGUCUUCCUUGUGCGACCGCGCUAGGUGCUUCAUUUGACACGGAGCUCAUAUUUUCUCUCGGAAAGCUCCUGGGUGCAGAGUGCAAAGCGAAGGGCGCACAUGUCCUUCUAGGCCCGACCAUAAACAUCCAACGAGGGCCGCUGGGCGGACGCGGCUUUGAGUCUUUCUCGGAGGAUCCUGUUCUCUCUGGCUCUUUGGCUGCUAGCUAUUGUUUAGGUGUUCAGACUGAGAAUAUCAUUCCGACGCCGAAACACCUGGUCUGUAAUGACCAAGAACAUGAGCGAGUUGCUGUUAGUGCGCUUGUGACUGAGCGAGCAUUGCGGGAGAUUUAUCUUCUCCCUUUUCAAUUAGCCAUUUCCGGUGCCAAUCCUGGUGCGCUCAUGACUUCAUACAACAAAGUCAAUGGAUGCCAUGCGAGUGAAAGUCCGGAUCUGCUACAAAAUGUUGUUCGAGACGAGUGGAACUAUAAAGGUCUCAUUGUGAGCGAUUGGUUUGGAACCUACAGCGGGUCCGAUGCACUCAAUGCCGGACUAGAUCUUGAGAUGCCAGGCCCAAGUCGUUUCCGGGGCCCUGGCUUGGUGCAUGCUAUUACAUCCAACAAGGUUUCCGAGAAGACUGUUAAUGACCGAGUUCGUUCGGUGUUGGAGAUGGUGAAGCUAACGGCCAGCUCAAAAAUUCCCGAGAAUGCAGUCGAAGUCCAACGGAAUCUGCCCGAAGAUCAAGCACUACUUCGCCGAGCAGCUUCUGAGUCCAUUGUGCUGCUCAAGAACGAUGACCAUGUUCUUCCUCUUGACCCUGCUAAGAAGACUCUUGUGAUUGGGCCCAAUGCCGAUAUUGCGGCAUACUGUGGUGGAGGCUCUGCAGCCUUGCCGGGGUACUAUACAGUCACUCCCUUGGAAGGAAUAUCUAGCAGCUGCACUGGAGGUGUCACGUUCUCACAGGGAGUCUAUAGUCAUAAGGAGUUGCCUCUUCUUGGCUCUCAGCUUAAGGUCGAGGAUGGUCGUGUCGGUUAUACAUUCAGCGUGUUUACCGAGCCCUCCACCAAAAAGGACAGAAAGGUGGUUGACAGUUUGCAUAUGACAAGCAGCUCUGCCUUUUUGAUGGACUACAAGCAUCCCGAGAUCCAUUCAGAUCUUUACUAUAUUACCAUGGAAGGCAUCUUCGAACCGGCUGAAAGUGGAGUAUAUGACUUUGGGCUUACUGUCGCCGGUACCGGAGAACUCUUCAUUGAUGGAGAGUUGAUAGUCGAUAACAAAACCACCCAGCGCCAGGGGACGUCCUUCUUUGGCAUCGGUACCCCAGAAGAACGUGGCUCGAAGUAUCUUGAGGCAAACAAGCAAUAUAAGAUUCUGGUCGACUAUGGUACUGCUCCAACUUCCAAUUUGAAAUUGCAUGGAGUCGUCUCGUUCGGGCCUGGAGGAGUCAGAGUUGGAGGAUGUCGACGUAUUGAUUCGGAGCGCUCAAUUCAAGAGGCUGUGAGCCUGGCAAAGUCUGCUGAGCAAGUCGUGGUCUUGGUAGGAUUGAGCGGGGAAUGGGAAAGCGAAGGCUUUGACCGUCCGCACAUGGAUCUCCCUCCACAUUCUGAUGAGCUAGUAGAGAGAAUUCUCGCUGUACAGCCAAAUGCUGUGAUAGUGGUGCAAAGCGGUACACCUGUGAGCAUGCCCUGGGCUCGAGAUACCAAGGCACUGCUUCAUGCUUGGUAUGGCGGUAACGAAACAGGAAAUGGAAUUGCUGAUAUCAUCUUUGGAGAUGUGAAUCCGUCUGGAAAGCUCCCUCUCACAUUCCCAGAGUUUGUCGAGCAGAACCCAGCAUACUUGUCUUUCCGCUCAGAGGGAGGACGUGUGCUGUAUGGCGAAGAUGUAUAUGUCGGCUAUCGGUACUACGAAAAGACCAAAGUGAAGCCCCUGUUUCCCUUUGGGCAUGGUCUCUCGUACACAAAGUUCUGUCUUUCAAAUCUUUCUGUCUCGCAGCCUCUGGCAAGCUUCAACAGAAUCAAAGAGGAAGUGCUUGAGGUUUCUGUUUUACUGGAAAACACCGGGCUAUGCAGUGGCGCAGAGACUACCUUGGUCUACAUCUCACCCUCUUCUAGCAGCAGUGUUACACGCCCAAUCAGAGAGCUCAAGGGUUUCAAGAAGAUUGGGCUUGAGAAGGGCGAAAGACAAGAGAUCUUGAUUUCGAUUCCACUUGCUCUCGCUACUAGUUUCUGGGAUGAAGGUCAAUCUACAUGGCUUAGCGAAGCAGGAGAAUACAGAGUGAUCGUGGUUGGCACCGGAGAUCAGAACUCGCUCUCUGCGACUUUCCACGUCGCCCGUACACGGAGAUGGAAUGGGUUGUUUGGGACCGGUGUGAAAGCUCCUUCAUUACAUGUCAACGGCAAUGGAAGUUUAAGCAAGCAGACAUAA